CUGCUUGUAAAUUCAAAAUGGCGCCGAUCACUUCCUGAUAUGUGGUGAGACACUCAAAUAAUAAUAUUCUAAUUACAAGUUUAAAAGCAAUCUUGACUUCUAUUUGGCAAGAUGGGAUCCUUGUUUAGCAAGAAAAAAGAACCAGAAAGACCAAAAAUAACUGAACAGGACAAAGCUAUUCUGGUAAGAUUUUUCAGUGUUAAUGCAACAAGGCCAGGGUAGCAAGUAUUUUAGGUGGUGUGUUGUCUACUGUUAAAAGCGUUAAUCGUCAGUCUUCUUUUCCACCCUUAUUUUUCUCGAAAGAGUGAACUCGGGAGUUGGGACCAUGCAGCAGGUACAUGUAAGGGGUAGGAGGGGGGGAGCAUGUAGCUAAAGUAGGUUUGUUUCGCUUUCAGGCCUUUAGCAGGUGGAGGGGCAGGGGGGGCUCGAGUCCCCCCCAGAAAUUUUCAGACUUGAAUUAAAUUCUGCUACAAAAGUGGAAUUUUUCUACUAAAAUGGACAGCUGUCAAUGGAAGGAAAAGUUUCAAAGUAUUGUCGAUCAUAGUAAGAUUAUAGGUGGUUUUCAUCCAGUCUCGGGAUACACAAAUAACAAUGAGGAAAUGAACAAAUGCUGGUGGACAAACAAAACGAGCUAAUGAGCGACCUUUUGUUUACUGUCCACCAGCAUGGCGGCGAUGACGUAACGUGAAAACCACCUAUGUACUGUUGUGUAAAUGAACGAAAUCGUAUUUUUGCUCUGCCAAAAACAACCAACAGCUUUAAAAUAUCUGCUAAUUAAGCAUCAAAAUAGUCAGAAGCAAAAUGGAUCUAAAUGCACCAAUGACAAUCCCUGAACUUGACCUCUUGAACUUUAUUGUUUUCCUAAGGGGUUCGCCAGUGUAAAAUAUACUACUGUACUAGAGUAAAACUUAGGUUUCUGUGCAUUUAUGUUGAAAGUCUUACAAUGUCUUCGCAAGAGCCGCCGAAAAAGAAAUCCAAACGAAUUGAAAAUAAGCAGGGAACACUUUUAUCGUGGGUAAAACCAUGCACUAGUGACACAGAGCCUGGUGUAGUCGAAGAAACAAUCCGAAUCAAAGAACAACCCGGAAGGUAUUGUAGACAAAUGUAGUGAUCUGACAUGUACUAAGAAGUAUGCUUUAACCGAGGGACCGGGUUGGGGGGGGGGCAAUGUGGGUGGGGAAAGAAGAGUUAAUGUGGGCCACUCGCUCAGCCCCCCAGUCAUUUUAUGCUUGCUACGGGUCUGGCUUAUGAGAUGUUUUGCUGUCAUCCAUUUUAGCGAACAUCUUAUGUCAGUCAACCCCAACUGCAACUUUAUUUAGGAAUAAUAAAUUAUUCCAUUACAAUCGACUGGCCUGCUUCUAACAGUUGCUGAUCCAGGCGGGCCAUGAUUAAUAAUGGUAAAAACAAUUUUAUUUUACUUAUAUAGCACUGUUCUCUAAUAAUGGAGGGGAGGAAGUAUUUUGAAUUGCAAGAAUUCUUAUUCAGGGUUUUCAUUAGGCAUCGGAGAUUGGAGAAUUCUCCAUUUGUUGUACAGGAUUCUUCGGCUAACGUGCAAUAGCCUCUGACUGAUUUUUAUUCUGACAUGGAGCCUCUUUCAAAGUAUUCUCCUGUAACGUUACACCUUUCUCCUGCCACUAGAAUUCUUAAUGAAAAUCUUGCUUAUUACUAUGAGAGUCAGUUUCAUUAUUACAAUAUAUAUCAAGGUUACAACCAAUUCAAUUAAAACAAAAUUGGAAUAAAUUCAUAGAUUGAAGGUUGUUAAUAACAAACUGACCUGAGAUACCAGCUGUGCACUACUUUUUAUUGUUAGCUCAUUAGCUCCUAUCUUUAAAAGAGUUCUGCACCUUUAUGCAAAUGAAUAACACACUUGGCCAAAUUUAAUCAAAUUUAACUUUUAUUUCACUGGUAGAAACCAUAUGGAUUUUCUGGUAUAAGAAAGUUAUUUACUGUUUGUAUGUCAAUAAAUAUUUUGGCUUCCAGGCACUUAAACAGCAGAGGGAUAAACUCAAACAAUACCAGAAGAAGGUAUGGAGCAAUCAGCUUUGCAUGUACCUUACAUAGCAUAACUAUAACAAGAAGGCAGUAUCCCAAAACCCUACAUGUUACAAAAUAAUGAUGAUCAAUGUGAAAAUUAUUGUCUACAUGUAAAUGAUCAGGUUCCAGAAGCAGAUUCAGUAGCAUAUCCAGACCUCCAAACAAAGAUGCAGGGGGCACUCUCUCGCUGAAACAAAGUAUCUUAGGCAAUGGCAGUGUAAUAGACUUAAAAUAGGGAGGCCUUCCCUAGAUUUUUCAGUUUUACCCAGGAAAAAAAAAACAGAGGAGUUACAUAUUUAAAUCUCUCCCAAAGCUUAAGACUUAAGGUUGGUCCAGGUUGUAAAUGAAUUUACGGUCCUAACAAAUUGUACUCAUUCUUUAUUUUAGAUCCAACUCAAUCUUGAAAAAGAAAGACAGCUUGCAAAGGAGCUAUUAAAGGAAGGGAAAAAGAAGUGAGUUGGUACCCACUUAUGUCAAACUCUUAGCCAAUAAAAGUUCUGUAUAAUACACUGUUGGUGACGCAAAAAUGGCAAGAGAAGAGAGCAGAAAUCCCCUUGUAGCAAGGAGAUCGCCAAAGCAACUAAGCCACACACAGCCCAUCUCUGGGCACUUGUUAAGAUAAGAUCAGAGUGUUAAAUGAAUAUGAAUAUGAAUAUGAUCUAUAAAAAGUCAACUUUUAUUAUUAUUUUUAAGAAAGCUCAUCUCGGGGGGAGGGUGGGUACUUUCUUAUGAGAGGCUAAUGGGAAUGUGCCGCUGGAUGGGGUCGCAUUUUCACAACUGGAUUGACUAUAAUGGGGUCACACAUUUUCAGAUUUUUGGGGUAAGAAAGUUAAUUGUUCUUCAUAUUUACAGUUAGCAAACGUACCAGAAUGUUUGUACCGUAGGUGAAAAGUAAAGUGUUCUUCGUUCAGUUUAAAAAAUGGGUCAAUUAAUUUUAGUAUGGCCUAUUUAGGGAUUGAUAAGGUAGAUACAUCAAUAGGAAGUGACUAAGUUGAGAUCAUGAAAAUUACAUUUGCCCAAAGGUGACUAAAAUGGGGUCUAUAAUUGCCCACAGAAUAGACUAUAAUGGGGUAGGAGCUUUGAGAGGUCAGCAGCACAUACCCAGCAAACAUUAACCCAAGUACAGAGCUGUAUCCCCCCUUCCCCCUCUCCGGGGUUUAUUUGCAUCUACACAUAUUAUGUCAAAGACAUUUCAUUUAUAUUUGCAAACUCUAUGAACUUGUAUCCACAGACUCAAAUAUUAGACUUGGAUGACACACCAUGUUUUUGUGAUGUUUGUAGAAUUAAGGCUUACAGAACAGGCAGAAAAAUAAUUUAUUCUAACGACGAGAAUUUUUCCUCUUUAAAACUCAGUAAAGCAAAACUGCUUUUAAAGAAGAAGAGAUAUCAGGAACAGACCCUUGAAAGAACAGAUAAUCAGCUGGAAAAUUUGGAAAAAAUGGUUUGCUUUUUAUUUAGGUUUAUAGCAAUUCAUGUUGAGUAAAUGUUUGCGACCUUAUUCUAUACUAGACAAGUUUACUCUCUACACUUUCCAAAGCCCCCAAGUUUCAAUGUUAUUUUUAUUGGUGAUAUCUAAACUACAUGAUUGUACAACACUUUAUUAAUAAUUCGUUCUAAGAAGAUGAUCGAUACCCUGUGUGAGAUCAAAGCACUCUUAAUUUUAUUAUCUAUCCAAGAAUAACUGCUUGAAAUCAUUACCUUCAAGUAAACCAUAGGCCUCCUCUCACAACCCUUGCACAUGUAAAUUCUGUGGGAUGUUUAAGGACCCAGCCACUGCUCAUAAAGAGUAGGGGAUAGUCCUCUCAUGAGGGAGGGACUGUUUAUGGGCUGACCAUAAUUGGCGCCACGUGUUGCGGUGACCCUGCCAAGAAUUGGUGAACCUAAGUAAAUUUUAAAAAACUUAAUACUAACUUGUAACUGCAUAUACCCUGUCAGGUCCAGGAUGUUGAAUUUGCUCAAAUCCAGUUACAAGUUGCUGAUGGAUUGAAACAAGGAAAUGAAGCGCUGAAAAAAAUGCAUGAAGUAUGUGGAUUUAUACCCCUAAGCAAGACUAGGAGCUUUCAGCUACUACCAUCUUGGGAGUUUCCCUCUAGGGGAAAAUUCUCAUAUUGUACAUUCCCAGUUAGUUAAAAUGUUUUAUUUGGCAGAGGGCCAGAGAGCAAGGGUGGCGCAGUGGUGAGAGCACUCACCUCCUACCAAUAUGGACCGCGUUCAAAUCCCUUCAUCAAUACUAUUAAUAAUAUGGUGCAUGAAGAACCGCUAUGUGGUCCGUGUGGUACCUCUAAAUCCUGAGUUUGAGUUAGCGAGAUUCUAUUGUAUUUAUUUAUUUGUUUAUUUUUUAUUUACUUUAACAUUCUUGUUACAGAUCAUGUCAAUAGAAGAUGUGGAAAGAAUAAUGGACGAGACACAGGAAGGCAUUGAAUAUCAAAGAGUAUGUAUAAUUAUCUCGAUGCAAGAGAAUAAUCAUGUUCUGCAGGGAGCAGACACUGAAGAUGACCUUCAGCAGGACUUGUGCAAAAAUCAUUCAGUCUCUCACCCAAUUUUUUUUAUUUAUUGUCAAAAAUUAAAAGUCACUAGCAUUUCAGUGCAGACAGUUAUGACUCAUUACAUUAAGUCGAUUAUUAUCUGUUACAAUACUUUACCUUACAUAAUUUAAAACAGGUAAAUAUUUUAACAGUAGGGAAAAAAGAAGAAAAAAAUAAAGACAAAGUUUACAAAGAGACAACAAUAACAGUCACAAAUAGAUUGACUGCCUUGUGGUCCUCCCUCCCCCAUCUGCCUAUCUCUCACUUGCACUUUCUGUAGCUGUUUAGAUUAAGUUAUUUCUCUGAGGGGCAUUGCUUGAAAAUAGCCCAUUUCGUUCCUAAAGGAGGCUACGUUAUUGUUAUCGAAAACAAUCAGUUUUUCACUUUUCAUGAAGUGUUUAUUAACUGAGUGUAAAUUUGUAGCAUAGGAAGGGUAUUCCGUCUCUCACCCAACUUGAUAUAACCAACAUAUGCACAGAACAGUCACCUUAGAGUAUGAAAAUAAUAUUGCAGGGCCAUGUAACUGAACCUUGCAUUAAGAUGAUUCAUUCAUUUUUCCAGGAAAUUGAUGAACUUUUGAGCGGAAGUUUGACUCAGGAAGAUGAAGAUGCAGUGUUACAAGAACUGGAGGAAAUGACACAGGUAAAAUGCUACACUUCAUGGGUCAACAAAAGUAUUGGUAUUAAAACAAGCAUUGUCUCAAUAUUUGGAUGACGAAGAAGAAACUUUCCUCCCACACCCAUCUCACCUCAGUACAAUGCCCCCUCUGCAGCUAAGCAGACACAUGCAAGGAUGUGUCUACACUGUAGGGUCCUGUCGGUGUCAACAUUGUAUUUUUAAUGUGGCUGAAUGCAAUUUAGGCAAAGUUAGACUUGAGACAAUGCUGGCCAGCUGUCUCUCCCUAGAAUUCACAGGGGUGGCCAUGGGUCUUUCGCAGGGGCAUCUGGGAUUUUAUGGCUAUCUUAUUGAUGUCAUCUCAUUUCGCUUGUGUUACGUGUUGUGAUACAUUAUGUGUUUAUUUCUGCUCCCUUUCCGGCCCUCCCUUUGGUAAGUAUUGGGUAAGUAUAUUUAGUUUCCACUGGUUAGCUUUGUGAUGGUGCCUGGGUGGAUGCCACUCACAGGGUUGUCAUCGUUACACACUGCACUUGGCUGCAAUUCUGGGCUCCAUGGAUCAGCUUCUCAGGCGCCACCCCCACACUUUAUUGUUGAUGAGUUUAAUAGGGUGGAUGAGGGAGGAUGUUCACAAGCAAGUUAAAGUUUUUGUAUCACUUCAUUUUCAUUUGCCUCUAUAGCUGCCUGCAAGUUCCUAAACAAGUUAUUUAUUGCUUAUGUUUGAAUUUCAGUCUGUUACUGAGAACCUUCCUGAAGUACCAACAGAAGAACCAGAAGAACCAACAAAGGAACUUGGUAUGUGUCUUAAUACCCUUUAAUAACGUCAUUUAAAUGUUACUCAUUCACAAUAUUAUGGUGGUUGUUUCCAAGAAGAAAAAUGAAAAGCACCUCAUAGAACACACAAGCUUUAUAAUUCUUUUUACACAUUGUUACCUGCAAUAUGUUGUUCAAUUUAAGCAAUUCAUUGGAGCCAUUGUGGUACCUUCCAUAACAAGGACUGUCACUAAGAUAUCAAGUUAUGUAAACAGAACAACUGGGAAGUUCUUUUGGUUCUGUUUUUCUUUUGUCUUCUAUGAAUAUAACCAUCAGAGGUCAUUCUCAUAGUGGAGACAUCACUGCAUGAGUGUUUAAAAUUUUGUAGUGUAAUCUCAGGUCAUGAGAUGGUUCAUGCGAGAGACCAUCCCAGUACAAUCUCAUUUAUUGGGAAAAUUGUUUUUCUAAUAAAGUAUAGCUGAGUUGUAUAUUAGUGCUGUUGUAUAACAUUAUUUUUUUCAUAAGGCUUAACAUUGCAAGCCAAAGUUGCAGUAUGUAUAACAGUCCCCAACAGGGUUUUCAAUGCCAUUAUUCUGCCAAAACUUUCCCCUCAGUCCUGUGAUCCUGACAGUUAUCAUCAGCUAAUCCCAAUCCCAACCAUAUCUAAAAAGUGCCUUAUAGGGGUUCUUGGUUUCUCAUUUGAGGAGAAUCAGUGGACGAUAGUGGGGUAAAAAUUAUGACAAGGUAAAAAUUGCCAUGUGUGGUUGAGGAAAAUGACAGAGCAUUUUCUUUUAAGUCAAGUGCUUACUGGAUAUUUGGGUUUUGAACAGCAUUUCUGAAAUCCCAGAUCAUAAAAUUUCCAACUCCCACAUCCUAGUUGUUAAGUUCUACAAUCCUGAAUGUUGCUUUUUUUUGCCUUUCCUCUAAAAUUCCAAAUCCCAUCCUUCAACAAAGGUAACUCCUUGAUCCUAAAAAACCUAUUGGGAUCCUCGUGUAUCUGGAUGUUGCUGUCAUCAAAAGUAAUUUAAUAUUGUUUGUUUUUGUUUUGUUUUAUUUUUUUUUUAACAGGAGAGAAAAGACCACCAAGGGCAAAAAAAAACAAGAGAGAGGCGGAGAUGGUGCCUGCUUAGUUAUAGUCCCAAAUUUCUAAAUUACAAAAUUGAGUUUGUAUUUAGUGCAAUGCGAAAGUUAGUCUCCCACACAGCUGUUCUUUGUGUGAACACACAAUGCUCUCUUCUAGGGAGGAGUGGUGCAUAACAAUGUGAAGAAUGGCUGCAUAGGAGACUAUAUAAAAGUCCCUUGUUGCUUUUAUUUUUAUCAUCCUCUUCCUCAUCGUCAUCAUUAUCAUCACCAUUUCUUCUUCAAACAGACUGAAAGGUGUGGAGAAUAG